AUAUGCUUAUGCGGGCGUAGGUAUUAAAAUAUGUAUCAUGUAUGUGUACAUGUGUAUGUAUAUAUGUACCAACUUACAAAUUGCAAAGCAAAAAGUGAGAAUAUAAAAAAUGCAAUUAUGUACAAAUCAUAGAAAAUCGUAAGAUAUGUAUAUGAAUGUAAGAGUUUGUGUGCAUAUGCAUAAGCGGUGCUCUCACAGAGGUGAAUAGCCUAAUUCACGGUCACGGUCAUCCGAUUUUGCACAGUGUCAUACUUCUGACCAAACAGCCUCAGUAAGUCGAAAAAUUGACCUCUUUCACACAACAUUUGAGGAUACUGACACUUGAGCGAUUUUAAUCGUUUUCCAGAGCACUCAGAGUAGUCGCCUAUAUCUAUAUAAGUCUAUAGAGCGAAUUAAAAUUAAAGUUAAGGGAUUUCCCCCAGAAUACCCCCAAUGCGAUGAAUUGACGCAUCUAGAAUUGCAAAAGGCAAAGGUAGCUCUAAUCGUAUCAACUCAAAUGCGCUGCUUCAGCCGCGAUAUAACACUAUUAAAAGAAUCAAAACCCAUUGACAAAAGCAGUUCAAUCUUAGUUCUUAACCCAUUCCUAGACACGAAAGGUCUGCUUCAUGCGAAUGCUUGCCAAUUCAAGCCUCACGUAUAAGGAACGCCUCAUUCAAAUCAUACCAGAGAAGUCUCGACUUGUCACAUUACUCCUCAGUUAUAUCCACUUACUUCGGCUUGCCGCGGAACAUCGCCUAAUGCAACACAUGGUCAGUCAAGAGCUCUAUAUUUCCCCACUUAAGCUCUAAAUAAAAAAAAUGCAUUUUGAUGUGCAAGAUCUGCGCUAUGCAUAAGCAGAAGUUACGAACGCAGAUUAUGGGAGCAGUUCGCUAUCCUUAUUAAAUCGAUGGGAAAAAAUCAAAAUUCUUCAUCAUGAUUUCAGCGGCCGAUAAAAGGAAGAGUAUAUAAAGAACCUUCAUAAAAGGUAUCGAUGGAAAGCUCUAGAAAACGCGCUAAAGCUUGGAGAUUGUUUCAUCAUACAUGAUGAUUGUCUACCCCCACUGAAUGGCGGCUUGGCUAGAAAAACUACAUUUCAUCAUUAACAGAUUGUUCAAGCUAAUGGGCACUGCCUUAAUUGUUUGGCUGCGGUACACGCUACUCAGGAGUGUACGUCAAUAACCCUCUGCCAACUGUGCAAUAGGCCGCACCACACCCCAAAACGGGUCGUCGAGCGACAACUUGCUCCAAGCAGCCGUGCCGCGAGCAGAUUGCAGCAGACCAGCCGUCCGGGUCGACACCGAAGGUCAGCAGCUCCUCCUCCAUCGAGACUUAAAUGUAGCAUCAACGCUUCGUCAGCCACUCUCCUGAGCAGCGUUGUCGCCACGCUGCAGCAACUACAGCGACUGCUAGGCUAGUAUUUUAUUGGGGACCCCGGGAUAGCUAGAUGAGUUACACCUCCCCCUCAACGCACGCAACUGAGCGCCAACACACCACAUAAACACAAUCCACUAGAAUACACCGCACACAAACACACACCGCGGACAUCACACACCACGCAGACCACCCACACAUACGCAUCACAUCACACCACAACUCUACACUACCCAGCUAUUUAAACGAACUACCCAAGAGCUAAGCCCGCAUCCUUUUCUUUUGAAUUUCAAACCAUCAACACAGCGUUCGUCAUAGUGUUACCGUGUAAUUAACCGAAUAAAUAAAUUUAAAAACAAAAACCAACUUUGCGGCAUAAUUUUUUUCCAAGGUUAAGUGCGCGGUAAGUGGGGACCAUUGGUGAUCGAAUGUACAACACUUAAAAAACGUGCAUUAAAAUGCAACACUAUGGAUUUAUUAAAUUUUUAUUCUACAUUAAAAUGCAACCAUGUAGAUGUAUGUCCAGCCAUUCCUCUGUGCUAGCUCACAUGUGUCUUAAUUCUCUUUUGAUUCGCUGGCGGAGUGGUACAUACACCUACAAGGGGCACAAUUAUUUUAUUAUUUUAGCGAACGAAUGAUCAAAUGUAUUGUUUAGUAAGAAUAACUACUGAAAUUAAAUAAAAUACGAAUCGGCUUAAAAUAAGUGUUUUACUUUGCCACCCGUCAACAGUAUGCAAUAAACUUUUGUUUCCAAAAUAUGUUUGAAAUUUUAUUAAUAUUGUUCAUUACGAGUAAUUUUUCACAAAAAAUUAUACCGCAUUCCUUUUAUUUAAAUCUCUGUGCUCGAAACGAAAUAUGUAAAUUUAACCUUUCCUAAUAUUACGACUGAAACAUCUGUCCUUUUAAAGCACAUUACUAAAAGUUGAGAAGCGAGGCUGGAGUAACCAAUAUUCCUGCUAUACAUAUGCAUAUACAAAUAAAGUAUACAUAGAAGUUUUUGAAUAGGAUCACAUAAAGGUUAACUAAAUAGAGAGAAAAGUUAAACUGCUUUUGCAAUACAAUGUUAACUUUAUGACUGUUAAAUUAAUAACCAAAAAUUAUUAAAGUGCAACAAUAUAGUAACAUAGAAUGUUUAAAAAAAAGACAGGUAUUGUCGUUCACAGAUGCAUCGUACGCCUCUUUGAAGACUUCAGUGCUGUUGAGUAUGAGUUUUUGGAAACUCACAAAGGAAAUUAUCUUAUGGACCGACUGUGCCAACGGCUGGAGAUAAAAGAAAAGGAUUAUUUUGGGCUACGUUUUGUGGAUAAUACCAAACAAAGACAAUGGUUGGAUUUAGGAAAACUUAUAGUGAAACAAUGCAAAGAUAUACAUCAAUUAAUAUUCUCAUUUCGCGUAAAAUUUUAUCCAGCGGAUCCGUUUCAUUUGAGUUUAAAUGUCAGGGUUUUGUUGUAUAAGCAAUUGAAGCGUGAUCUCAACCAUGGACGUAUUUAUUGUUCAAGUAACGAGAUAGUAACUUUGGGAGCUCUAAUUGUACAAGAACAAUUUUCAGACUACGAUGAAAAUAUACACACUGGUGACUACAUAUCAAACCUUCGGCUAUCUGCUAGGCAAACAGAUGCAAUUGAAAAAAAAAUUAUUAAGAAGCACAGCGAACGAACUCCUGGCCAAGAUCCCAUUACUGUAAUAGAUGAGUUCUUAAGAAUAUCUCGCAACUUGGAAACAUAUGGUAUAGAACCUCAUUACGUAAAAGAUCAUCAGGGUGUCCAAAUGUAUAUUGGAAUAAAUUAUUCUGGCAUAAGCGCAUUUAUUUCUGGCAAACGUACUCAACAUUUCCGCUGGAACGAAAUUCGAAAAUUAAAUUUUGAAGGCAAAAUGUUUAUAGCACAUAUAGGCUAUAUGGACACAAGUAGAGAAGUUAACUUUGUGCACCACAAAAUGCAAACGGAAGAGGGAGAGUUUGAGGCAUGGGCAAAUCAUAGUAUGGGAGCUAGAGCAAAGUCUAGACCAGGGGUGCUCACGCCAUAGCUCCGAUUUUAUUUACUUUUAGUGCCUAAAUGACUGUAUGGUUAAAAAAAAAAUUCUAAUUAAUUUCACUAAAGUAUUACAUCCAUUUAUCACUAUAUGUGGUAUGAAGUCAAUCUGGGCCCAAAUCGUGGCCCUCGUUAUCGAGCAAAAUUCUUGUGUCUUUUUUGUUUUCGGAAAUAUAUACAAAAUACAAAUACUUGUAUAAACUUUAGAAAUUUGUAAUUCCGUCAUUCGAUAGCGAGUACUCGUUCGUACGAAGAAAGCGAAAUGUCACUCGUUAGCUAAUUGUUAGAAGUAUAAAAAAAAUCUAUUACAAAUAAUCGGAGGCAAACUGUAUGUAAUUUUUCUUUUAUUGGUUCUAUUUAACAUAUAUUAUAAUUAUAACUAAUGAUUUAAGGAGAAAAGUUAACCAAAUUAAUAUGCGGCAAAAAAAUUGAAGAUUGAUUUUAUGCUACAGCAUCAAGACCUUGCCAAACAUAUUUUACCUGAUCUAAAGCAUAAUAUACAAAAAUAAUAUCAUUUAACAAAGCUUCAAAGCAAAGGACUGGCGGUGGAUCGUACGAAAACUCCUAACUGUAGCAGAAGAGUAACUCAUCUGAACUACGGCUAUACGAUAGAUGUUGCGGUAGAAGGGCUGUCAAGAGUUGAAUCCUAAAUCAAGCUUUAAAGAGAAGGAUUCAUAAAUAAAUGCAAAUAUUUACGAUAUGUUGAUUAAAUUUUAUUACCAUUUUCUUUUUUCAUAGGAAAUAUAUUUAUUGAAAUAAAAUGUGAAU